UACGUUAGAAACAGUCUUCUUCUCUUCGAUAGAGCAGACGUUUUUUCUUCAGUUCCGUGCUACAAAAUUAUAUCUCUGGUUAUCAAAAGUGAAAGAAUCGUCUGAAUAAGAAUACAUAAUGUUUUCCCCUAUAAACAUGAUUACGACAUUUGAGCAGUAUAUAGCAGGAUACACAAUGGAUUAUUUGAGAAAGUUCCAAGUCAUAGAUAACACACCACAACAGGUUUUGUCAGGAUAUAUGGACACCUUCCUAGGUGUUACAAUGGGAGCACACUACACGAUGAGAGAAUAUAUAGAGGGUAGUGUACAUCCUGUAUUAGAAGAGAUAACAGAUGCCUCAACAUACAUGCACAGCAAUUUCGUCUUACCAGCUGCAACCUAUACUUUGGAUUCAAUGUUCGCAUUGAUUUCUAUCUCCGAACAUUACCUGGCCGACUUCAGUAAAAUACAGUUAUUCUGUAUAUUGCUUCUAUUCUUUCUCAUGUUUGGGAUGCAAAGGAGUAUCCUGCUGACAAGAAACCAUAAGAAAGAUGUGAAAGUCUACAGAAGUUUGUUGCGUCAUUCCAUGUGGGAAAAGGACACUUUAUCAGAUGAAAUGAAAGAGGUCACCAGACGCCUUAAAAGAAAUAAGGUAAAUAGAAUGCCUAAGACAAUUUCGCGUAUUGAAAAUCUAUACAAACUUAUGGAUAGAAAUUUUGACAACCAAACUAGGCUGUGGGACGAGAUUAAUUACUGGUGCCCAGUCAUCAUGGCCCAGGAAACAAAGUUGAGGAUAGCAAAUAAAGCACACGCAGACAAUGGAGAACACGGCAGAGUUGGCAAAAUCAGGGAUCUUGGGAGCCAUGUUGAUAUGAAUUUGAUGAGAAUCAAAGACACUCUAGAUGUUAUGGCAGCAGGCGUUAAGAGGGAAAUGGGGAUCACCGCCAACCUUUAUGAUAGUUAA